UCAAGCAGGCGGUUGGCAGAAAGGUUGAGUGAAACCUAGGUGGAUGGACGUGCGUUGUGAUGCAUUGCAGGGCUUUAACUCGUUGCCCGAUGAAUUGCUAGUGUGCACGUUCUCCUACCUUUCCGCUAGAGAUCUGGCAAAGAUGCAACUGGUGUGCUGCCGUUUUAAUCAGGUAGUUUCGUCUUGUGGACAACUGUGGAAGAGAGCCAGUUUGUCUGGCAUGUGGCCGUCUGACACUAAUUCCCGUCUUUUUGCACGCUGUGAGCGAGCAGGAAACAUAGAAGCGCUGACCAAGAGCGCUGUAGCUCAUCUCUACAGCGAGAGUCGUUCUGCAGGACACGAGGAUGCUACGGAUCAUAUUCAGUGUAGUGAGAAGGCUGCUCGGUUGUUCAUUGCGACGGAUGAGAGUCAUGUCAAUAGCCCUUUCACUUGGCUAUUGUAUCGCUCGCCGUGGGCUCCAGGAGGCGGAUGCUGCAAGGCUUCGGUAUUUCGUCAUGUUCAAAGUUUGUGUGAAGAGGGAGAACUGGCAACCGACCGGAUGUUGUAUUGUGUUGCGAAGGCUUUGAGAUUCAAUGAGGAUUUGGAGGAAAUCGAAGCAAUGAAAUGGAUGGAAAAGGCUGCAGCAGCCGGGUCUCUUAAUGCCUCAUUCGAUUUGUGGCAGAUGAAACACGACAUGUGUCGAGGUCAAAGCUCACAUUUACAUUCCGUUCGUUCACUGAGAGACUUAGCAUCACACGGCUGUCUGGAAGCACAGAUCGAACUGUGUGUUUGGUAUGGUAAAGGAGAGACGGGAGGAGUGUCUCGAGAUCAAGCGGUCCACUACAUUUCGCAGCUGCUGACCACACAAAAGCCUUCGAAUAUGUGUGGGGCUUUGACAACUCAACCUGACCUCAAUGUAAAUAUGAGAUACAUCUUGUUUGAUUGGCUUUGUGAAGUGGCCGAAAUGAAACUUUUGUCUUCUCUCGUCCUUCACUCUGCUAUGGAAUGUGUCGAUCGUUACCUGUGUUGUCGUUUGCUACCUCGGUCUCAGUUGCAACUUCUUGGUGUCACGUGCAUGGUUCUGUCGGCUAGAUUUUUGGGCAAGGACAUCGUUACUAUAAGAGAAGCAGCAUGGCUUACUGACGGCACUUACUCGUACGAAGAGGUGGUCAGGAUGAUGGGUGAAGUGUUGGGAGCACUCGGUGGAAGUCUUCGAGUCAUUACGGUGGACGACUAUCUAAGAAUUCUUGCAAGUAUUGCUUGUGUGAAUGAUCAAAUCCACAUGUAUUCGUGCUAUCUAGGAGAGCUGGCUAUGCUUCAUGCAAGCUUCACUCGGUUUCCGUCUUCUCUUAUUGCUCUGUCUUGUCUGCUGUUGGCACUAGUUACUCUGCAUUACAACCAGGCAUCUACAUUGGAUGUGUUUUCUAUUCCUUGUGAACUCUUGAAUUGCUGCCCAUUUCCGCAGAUACUGUGGUGGAAUUGCACUGGACAAAUACUUAGUAAAUGUCUUAUAGAAGAAGCAAUUCGAGACCAUCGUAACGUGCCACUAAAAGCCGUCCAUGAUCGGUACAGUGACAAUCGCUUUCUGUCGGUUAGUUCAGUACAAAGCAUCACAAUGAGCAACUUAGCAUUGGCUCUCGAUUGCGAUCCACUCAUUUUGGUCUCAGACGAGGACAGGACUCAGUUCAUCCAUCCUCUGCCUUUCCUCUCGUCUAGCCAUCCUACUACAGUCAAAGACAGUGAUGAGGGUCUCGACACCGACUGUGCCCUGCCAGUCGGAUUAGCAGAAGUCUGUCUGGAUGAUAAUAGUCGAAAUUAUCAUAUAGAGGCACAAGCACUGAGGCUGCCAGAAUGCGGGUCGGCAUCAAGUAGUCUUGAUUGUGUGGAGGUAGUGGAGCCGGGGGAUGAGUUGACCCCGGAAUAUGGAAAAGACAGUGGAAAAUAUUUGAAGCGACAGCCACUGCUUUCCAUUAAUAACAAUUUGGGAGAAAGACACAUAGGUGAACCUGCAAACGGUUGGAUGUGUGGUGCUGACGCUUGCAGUCGAACUGUUGGCUAUCAGUAGCUACUGUACUUACUAUACAUCAUCCAUGCUCAUGCUCAGCACUUUUAUUCUAAUGAAAUUAUCAGCCGUGUACUUUAUUGUUUAGAUGCCGCAGUAGCAGCAGUUUGAUUGAUUUUAGUACUUGAAUUUUCAAUAUUGUAAAAUAUUAAGUUAAUGACGCUUCGUUUCCUCAAAUUUUACUUUCAGUUGCAGACAGCGC